AUGCUUGCCCGUCUCAUAAACAAAUUUACCCCCUCUACCACUCCAUCUGUGCUCCUUGUUGUUGGCAACUUUGGUGCCACAAUUAAUGUUCUUCAUCUCCUUCCCGAGAACGGCACCAUCGAACGCUUCAGCAUUACAUCCUCCAGGACCACCUUCCGCGACGGCGGAGCCAGAGAGCAAGGGCGCGAGCAAAUCGGCGCGGUCACACUUCACGUUGGAGAUGGCGAGACUGCGAACAGCUUCCUUGAUGACGUUGAGACACGAAUCCGCAAGCUGCGGAAUGGUUCCCUGGGCUCGAGCCCGGCGCAGCUGCAGACAGACAGUAUUGAGGUGACUCAGCUGGUGCAAGAAGUCCUCCAGCCCGCGGCGCUCGAUGCGAUUCACGAAAGAGAGACUCGAGAUCGCUCUAUGCGCGCGACGCAGACGUACCCUGUUUUUGUUGUCUACAUCAUACGCUCGAGGGCAGGGAGGAUCCUGACUGAGCCGACGAGUUUUCCUCAAUGA